AUGAGGACGGUAUGGAGUCGGCGGCGCGAGCUACAGCUGGGCUACGUGUGGAGCAUGGACGGUGCUGCGUAUUUGGCGAUGGACAUGGCCGUGGUCGCCCGGGUCCCGGGUGCUGGGGUGGCGCAGCGGCCGGAGUUGGAAUGGUUGGAGAAUGCAUCCCCGUACGAGAGUGAGUUGUACUGGAUGCGGAACUACUGGCGGAGUUUUACGCCGGAGGCCUACGCCGUCUUGUCGAAGACCAUCAGCGGGUGGCCGUCGAAGCGGCUGAGUGCGUGGCCGCCGCGGUGGCUGCAGAUCCUCCAGACGCGAAGCCUGUCGGCGCAGGAGUUGGCGGAGUGGCAAGUGUCCAGAGAGCCCGGGGAUGAGUCGUCGGAGACGGUGGAGGUGCCCGGGUACGUGCCGGUGUUGGGGAGGAUGACCAGGUUCGCCACGCGUGCGGGCGUGUUCCGGAACGACGUGGAGGCGCAUGCAGCGCUGAGGAACGCGUUGCCGGAGGAUGCGUGGCGCGCAUUUCGGAGCGUGGAUACGGCGCAGUUGGGGCGUUGUCGACUGGAGUAUUUAGAGUUCGCUGCGUACAUAUCGGCCUUUUUACGUUCGCCCUUUGGGCUAGUCAGCCGUAGGCUGGAGAACGCUUUGGACGCCGAACCCUGGCAUCCACGGCGACGUCGAUUGUGGGUGGCUGGUUGUUUGCUGCAGCACGCGCGUGUGUGUACCGUCCAGCUUGCGCGGUUUUGCGUCGCCGUUCUCGGCUGCGUGGCCUGGGGACCCGGGCGGCUGUUCUGUUUGGACACUCAAAACCGGCUGCGCGUGCGUUUCCUUCGCGAAAAGUGGUCGGCAAACGCGUCUGCGGAGGACUUACAGCAACGCCUCGCCCAACUGCCAAGCGUCACCGCGGCCGAGUUCGCCCGUAUGCCCGACGAGUGGGGUACCGGCUCGCCCACCCAGCAGCUCGCCUCCGAGCUGCAACUCAAUUGGGCCGCUGCCUUCUGGGCCCCGCUGGAUCGCCGCCAGUACGAACAAUUACGCAACACAUCCCAGAGCCAACAGCGCUUCGGGGCCGUCCGCAGGGCGCGGGUACAAGAAGCCGCCGACUCGGUGUGGAUGACGAUACCGAAUAGCGCGGAGACCGUGUACAUACCCGAAAUAAUAACCUUAACGGAAUUUGCGAAACGCGCCAUGCUCUUCAAAACCGAGUUCGACGCCUACGAAGCGCUGCGCCGGUCGAUUCCGGAGCAGGCGUGGAAGAGACUGCGUGGCGUGCAGGCCACGCAGUUCGGCACCUGCACAUGGGAAUGUCUAGAACUGAGCCGAAUCAUUUCCAUCUUCUUUGAAUCCGCCUUCGGCUCGGUUAACCGGAGCCUGGAACGCACCAUUUUCGGUCAUGUCGCGCCCGACCCACUCACACGACGCUGGUGGAUCACGGCCUGCCUCCUCCAACACGCCCGCGUGUCCACCAUCGACCUACUCGAGUUUUGCAUCAGCCAACUCAAAUACGAACCCCGACUGGAAUCAGGACUCAUAUCAAGACUGGAUCUAACACUGAAUCCCGAACUCGAAUGCUUUAGACAAUACCCGUACACCAUACACCAUCCAAUUCGGAACGCAGAAGAGGUCCGGGCCCUCGCCACCCGUCUUGCCACCCAACUGCGCCGCAUGGGAAGCGUCUCCUUCGCUGAGUUCAACACACUUACGAGACCCGCUGUCACCACCGCCUCCACGAGACACCCAAUAAUCCUUACGAGAUAUGCCACUUCUACAGGACGCGCUACUCUCAAGGGACACGCAACCACCAAGACCACUCCCAAGCUGCAGGCUACCCGCGUAGAGGACGUGCCUCCCCAGCUACAGCACCUUCGACGGCGUGGCAACAAAAGAGAGGCCGCGGCACGCCUGCCGCAGGACGCUGAAACUCCAGCCGCAAACAAAACGAGAAAGUGCGUCACGCAGUCAGAGCACCAACCGCGGGACCAGAGUCCACUGGACCUGAGUCCACUGGACCUGAGUCCACUGGAUCGGAGUCCACUGGAUCGGAGUCCACUGGAUCGGAGUCCACUGGACCGGAGUCCACUGGACCGGAGUCCACUGGACCGGAGUCCACUGGACCGGAGUCCACUGGACCGGAGUCCACUGGACCGGAGUCCACUGGACCGGAGUCCACUGGACCGGAGUCCACUGGACCUGAGUCCACUGGACCUGAGUCAACGGCCGAACCAUACCGCCUAA